AUGUUCUCCCCCAAAGCCUUUCGCGCAGCGCGCACCGUUACCCGAAUCUCGCUGUGUCGACCCAUCAUCUCCGUACCAGCUCAAAUUCACGCUUUCUCCUCAACCGCCAGGAUGACAUCCAAGUUCCCUACGCCCUCGAGCGAUCGGCCUAAGAACGAGAUGCAGUACUUUCCCGGCAUGACGACGGCACUGCCUUCCGAGUCUGCCGAGUUCCGUCGAGUUCUGUGGACGGGUCUCUACUCGCAGCUAGUCCUAAUGACAAUCCCAGUUGGUGGCGACAUUGGCGAAGAAAUUCACACCGUCGACCAAGUCCUGACUUUCACUUCUGGCAAAGGCCUGGCGCAAGUCGGAAGCAAAGAGCAAGAGGCCAAGGCCGGCGAUAUGGUCAUCGUUCCUGCAGGAACCAAGCACCAGUUCUUGAACAAGGGCCCGACACCCUUGAUUCUGUACACGGUGUAUUCGCCGGCGGAGCAUAAGCCGACGACGGUUCACAAGACCAAGGAAGAGGGUGACCAGGAGGAAGAAGAUGGCAUCGAUGUGGCACCGGAAUGGAGCCAGAGAAGUAAGGAGCAAAAUGAGAAGGAAGGUUGGGUCAAGGGCGAGUAA